GCACUAGUCAGCAUGGCGUACCUACUAAGCUUCGGCAUCGUGGCCGCCCUAUUCCUGGCCAGCAUCUCGCUGUACCGCUACGGAAACAUACCACGUCAGCACAUCCUGGUCACCCUGUCCGUGCUGACCGCCUGGUGUUUCUCCUUCCUAAUUGUAUUCACCAUUCCGCUGGACGUGACAUCGACGCUUUACCGCCAGUGCGUGGAGGAGCACCGACCGACACCAGCCCCAAAUGUGACCAAUACGUCCAGCGCCACGGUGGCUCCGCCGCCUCAGUGCCAGGAGCCGUGGGGCAUGGUGCCCGCCUCCGUGUUUCCCAACCUCUGGCGCAUUAUUUACUGGAGCUCACAGUUCCUCACCUGGUUGAUUAUGCCGCUGAUGCAGUCGUACCUCAAGGCGGGCGACUUCACCGUCAAGGGAAAACUGAAAUCGGCACUGAUAGAGAAUGCCAUCUACUACGGUUCCUACCUGUUCAUCUGUGGCGUACUACUCAUCUAUAUUGCCGUCAAAGGAGAGUCUCUCGAUUGGCAAAAGCUCAAGGCAAUUGCCUCGUCCGCAUCGAACACAUGGGGAUUGUUCCUGCUCAUUCUGUUACUGGGUUACGCUCUGGUGGAGGUACCUCGAUCGCUGUGGAACAACGCCAAGCCGGGAUUCGCACUGCAAUAUGCCUACUUUAAGGCCGCCAAAUUGAGCACUGAGAAGGCCGAGGCCGAGGAGCAUGUGGAUGACAUCCUGGAAUCCCUGCAGGGCCUUAGCCGCGUCAUACCCAACAAUCACGAGCUGCGCCCCUGCCUGGAGACCAUUCUGCGCAAAGUUCCCAUUGAGCUGCAAGAGCGUGCGAGCCGAAACUUUGCUCGCACUGGAGGCAGCGGCAUGGGUGCCACGAGCUCAACUAUCUUGCCUUCGGAAAAGGCGCUGGUUCGCAUUCAUAAGCAAGUAAUUAAAUCGCUGCAAACAUUGCAGCGCACCGAAGCGCUUUGGAGCGUGCAGGUGCAGACAGUGCUGCAUCUGGAAGAUGUGGCCAAGAAUAUACACUCCUCGGACCGGCGCUUCAAAUCGGAGUUUCCGCGCCAGCGCACGCAGCUGGAGAGGAUAUGCUACAGCGCCACGCUGCAGUGGUACUGGGAGUGCCUGCUGAAGGCUCCGUUCCUCAAGACCAUGUGCGUUCUGACCGCCACCAUGUCGGCCAUGGUGGUGUGGAGCGAGCUCACCUUCUUCAGUCGCCACCCUGUGCUUUCCAUUUUCGCCAAUGUUAUCUACGUGGCCAAGGAGAGCUACGACUUCUUUACCAUUGAAGUCUUCUCUAUGGUUGUCCUCUGCUACUUCUUCUACUGCACUUACUCCACGAUCUUGAGGAUACGCUUCCUCAAUCUGUACUACCUGGCACCGCAUCACCAGACCAACGAGCACAGUCUGAUCUUCAGCGGCAUGCUGCUUUGCCGUCUGACACCACCCAUGUGCCUCAACUUCCUGGGUCUCAUCCAUAUGGACACACACAUUAUUCCCAAUCGCAUUAUGGAGACGGUCUACACGCAGAUCAUGGGCCACAUGGAUGUUAUUGGCAUCAUCUCGAACGGCUUCAAUAUCUACUUCCCCAUGUGUAUGCUGGCCUUCUGCCUGGCCACUUGGUUUAGUCUCGGCAGUCGGGCACUGAAUGCCCUCGGCUUUCAGCAGUUCCUGCAGAACGAAACGAUUGCCACCGAGCUGGUGCAAGAGGGAAAGGAUCUGAUAGCCCGGGAAAAGCGCCGCCGCCAGCGUGCCGAGGAGGCGAUGGCCAGACGGCGUGACUUCAACCGAACCGAUCAGGUUCUGGGCAGCGAUUACUUGAGCAAAUACCGGAGUGGUGGACCCGGUGGACUGGCCAGUAGUCGCACGCCCGCCGACGGGCUGCUGCGCGAUGGCGACAGCAGCUUUGACUAUGCGGCAGUGGCCUCUUCCUCUGCACUGGGCGUACCGCGAUCCCUGUCGGAGGAGAUCAACGACCGUUUCGGUGUGAGCACCCAGGUGCAGGUGGGAUUCCGAGACCCCGACUACGAGGCGGAAGCAGAUGGUCGAAUUGUCGGCCCGCCACCCCGAGGACUUUUCGACGAUGUCUAGACUUUGGAUAUGGAUAACUCUUUAUUACAAUUCGUUACCGAGUAUCUCAAUAUUUCGCUUAAGUAUUUCCCGAUGCCACUGCUGCUGCUGUUCCUUCACACCCGUGUAGUCCCUUCAGUUGAAUAAACCACUAAAGAGAA